GCGGCGGCGCGCCGCGGCGGGGAGGCUCUCCGAGGCGGCGGGGCCGGACGCACAGAGUCCUGUGUCCGUCUCCUCUGACAGCCACCGGAGCGGACGGCCGUCACCAUGUCGUCGGUGAGCCCCAUCCAGAUCCCCAGCCCCCUCCCGCUGCUGCUGACCCACGAGGGCGUCCUGCUGCCCGGUUCCACCAUCCGCACCAGCGUGGACUCGGCCCGCAACCUGCAGCUGGUGCGGAGUCGCCUGCUCAAGGGCACGUCGUUGCAGAGUACCAUCCUGGGCGUCAUCCCCAACACGCCCGACCCGGCCAGCGACACGCAGGACCUGCCGCCGCUGCACAGGAUUGGGACAGCUGCACUGGCAAUUCAAGUUGUGGGCAGCAACUGGCCCAAGCCACAUUACACUUUGCUGAUUACAGGGCUGUGCCGUUUCCAGAUUGUCCAGGUCUUAAAAGAGAAGCCAUACCCCAUUGCUGAAGUGGAGCAGCUGGACCGCCUCGAGGAAUUUCCCAGCACCCAUAAAGCAAGGGAGGAGCUGGGGGAGCUGUCAGAGCAGUUUUACAAAUACGCAGUACAAUUGGUUGAAAUGUUGGACAUGUCUGUCCCUGCAGUUGCUAAAUUGAGACGUCUUUUAGAUAGUCUUCCAAGGGAAGCUUUGCCAGACAUUCUGACGUCAAUUAUCCGAACAAGCAACAAAGAAAAGCUCCAGAUCUUAGAUGCCGUGAGCCUGGAGGAGCGGUUCAAGAUGACUAUCCCACUGCUCGUCAGGCAGAUCGAAGGCCUGAAGCUGCUGCAGAAAACCAGGAAACCCAAGCAAGACGACGACAAGCGGGUGGUGGCAAUACGCCCAAUUAGGAGGAUUACACACAUCCCAGGUACUUUAGAAGAUGAGGACGAGGAUGAGGACAAUGAUGAUAUUGUCAUGCUAGAGAAAAAGAUACGAACAUCCAGUAUGCCAGAGCAGGCCCAUAAAGUCUGCGUCAAAGAGAUAAAAAGGCUCAAAAAAAUGCCUCAGUCAAUGCCAGAAUAUGCUCUAACUAGAAAUUAUUUGGAACUUAUGGUGGAACUUCCUUGGAACAAAAGUACUACUGACCGCCUAGACAUUCGGGCUGCCCGGAUUCUUCUGGACAACGACCAUUAUGCCAUGGAAAAACUGAAGAAAAGAGUGCUGGAAUACUUGGCAGUCAGGCAGCUGAAAAAUAACCUGAAGGGCCCAAUUCUUUGCUUUGUUGGCCCUCCUGGAGUUGGUAAAACAAGUGUGGGCAGAUCAGUGGCCAAGACUCUGGGUCGAGAGUUCCACAGGAUCGCACUUGGAGGAGUUUGUGACCAGUCUGACAUUCGAGGACACAGGCGCACCUAUGUUGGCAGCAUGCCUGGUCGCAUAAUCAAUGGCUUGAAGACUGUCGGGGUUAACAAUCCAGUGUUCCUGUUAGAUGAGGUUGACAAACUAGGGAAAAGUCUACAGGGUGAUCCUGCAGCAGCUCUGCUCGAGGUUUUGGAUCCUGAACAAAACCAUAACUUCACAGAUCAUUAUCUAAAUGUGGCCUUUGACCUUUCCCAAGUUCUUUUUAUAGCCACUGCCAACACCACUGCUACUAUUCCACCUGCUUUGUUGGACAGGAUGGAGAUCAUUCAGGUCCCAGGGUAUACCCAGGAGGAGAAGAUAGAGAUUGCCCAUAGGCACUUGAUCCCAAAGCAGCUGGCGCAACAUGGGCUGACCCCGCAGCAGGUUCAGAUCCCUCAGGCCACUACUCUGGACAUCAUCACCAGGUAUACCAGAGAGGCUGGAGUCCGUUCGCUGGAUAGAAAGCUUGGGGCCAUUUGCCGUGCUGUCGCCGUGAAGGUAGCAGAAGGACAGCACAAGGAGGCCAAGUUGGAGCGUCCUGAUGGGACUGAAGGAGAAGGUUGCAGGGAGCACGUGUUAGAAGAUGCAGAACCUGAAUCUGUGAGUGACACUGCCGAGUUGGCCCUGCCUCCGGAAAUGCCGAUUUUGAUUGAUUUCCAUGCACUGAAAGACAUCCUUGGGCCCCCGAUGUAUGAAAUGGAGGUGUCCGAACGUCUGAGUCAGCCAGGAGUAGCGAUUGGCCUGGCCUGGACCCCCUUGGGGGGGGAAAUCAUGUUUGUGGAAGCGAGUCGAAUGGAUGGGGAAGGCCAGCUGACCCUGACCGGCCAGCUGGGGGACGUCAUGAAGGAGUCUGCCCAUCUUGCCAUCAGCUGGCUCCGCAGCAACGCAAAGAAAUACCACCUGACCAAUGCUUCUGGAAGUUUUGAUCUUCUUGACAACACAGACAUCCAUCUGCACUUCCCAGCUGGAGCCGUCACCAAGGAUGGCCCGUCUGCAGGAGUUACCAUAGUAACCUGUCUCGCCUCACUUUUCAGUGGGCGACUGGUACGUUCAGAUGUGGCCAUGACCGGAGAAAUCACCCUAAGAGGGCUUGUCCUUCCGGUGGGCGGCAUCAAAGACAAGGUGCUGGCGGCGCACAGGGCGGGGCUGAAGCAGAUCAUCCUCCCGCAGAGGAACGAGAAGGACCUCGAGGAAAUCCCAGGCAGCGUGCGGCAGGGCCUGAGCUUCGUCCUGGCCAGCUGCCUGCACGACGUCCUGAACGCGGCUUUUGACGGCGGCUUUCCCGUCAAGACCAGGCCCGGCCUCCUGAACAGCAAACUGUAGCCCGGAGGGCGCCGAGGCCUGCCGCGCCGGGCGGUGCUGACAGGUCGCCACACGGGGCCGAGCAGAGCGGCCCUAGGAUGUGACCGUGAUCGCAGCAGCAACGACCCUCACCGAGUGGCCAUUUAAUAAAAACGGGUAAAACAGC